CAGUAGUCUCGUGGCCGUGACGCCGGUGCGGUGUGCGCGCGUGUCUCGUCGUUCCGUUUCGCGAGCGCUCGUCUCGCGUUGUUUUCGACUCGUUUUCCGAUUUUUUUUUAUUUUCCGUUUUCCAAAAUAAAAAAAAACACCACACACGAUCAUCUCCGAUUCCUUUGCCGUCCGCGAUAGUGCGCCGAUAGUUUUCGCAGGUGUCGGUGACGUCGUCGUCGUCGUCGUCGUCGUCGUCCACACAUCGGCCGUGCAGCGCACCACCACCGAUGCCGGCGCACGCGGUUCCGGCGGCACCUCAGUCGCUGCCGCUGUUGCUGCCGCCGCCACCGGCCGUCCAAUACGCACCACCGGAACCGCGGUUCCGGCGGUGCGUCCGCAAGUUCUUCGCGCACCUGUUCAGCAACUUGGGCCUGUUCGGGCUGGUGGCCGGUUACGUGAUCGUCGGCGCGUUCGUGUUCCGCUUUCUGGAGGCCGGCAACGAGCGGCAACAGCGCGACCGCAUCGGCCGGCUCAAGAACGACUGCUUGGGCGAGCUCUGGAACAUCACAGUGAGAAUGCACGUUUUACAUGAAUUAAAUUGGACGAAAUUAGUGUACGAGCCGCUGCACAAGUUCGAGACUCAGAUCAUAUCAACAAAAAACAUACAAGGAUACGACAGCAAAAACACGGAACAGUGGUCAUUAACAGGCGCGCUAUUAUACUCGGUCACAGUUAUCACAACGAUCGGCUACGGUAAUUUGGCACCAAAAACACCAGAAGGCAAAAUCGUAACUAUGGUCUACGCAUUAUUCGGCGUGCCACUGAUGUUGCUGUGCAUAUCAAAUCUGGGGUCCCUGUUGGCCGGUACUUUCCAGUUCGCAUACUCCCACUCGUGCUGUUUCUCCAAGAGGAAAUCGGGAAAUCGGCGAGAGAAGUCAUCGAAAAAAUCUUCAUCGGCAGUAGGUGCAGGGUCAGUACAACACACUCCACCACCUCCACAACAGUACAACACAGGUCACCACCAAAGGACAGAAUUGUCACCGAGAUCACGAAAACAGCAAAUAGGUGGCCACGGAGGAAGACCGGUGUACCGUUUGACGUCCGAGGCCAAACAUGUCCUGUGUGAAUGCGCCGAAUAUCAACUGGCCAACUCACCAACACACGAUCACGUGGCUGCGCACAUUCUCAGGCAACUGGGCGAUCGUCCGGACUUGCCAACAACGGCAGCAAAACAAGAAGAAUACGCGUACGACGACGGUGUUGGCGAUGACGACAACAACGAAGACUGUUACCAGUGCCAAAUGUACAGUGGAACGCACGGGACGCCCAGCCGACUGCCGCUGCUGAGCGGCAACCGUCAACAGCAGCGACGGCGUGGUGGCGGCGGUGGUGUGGACAAGGACCGGCGACACAACGCCGCGGCCACCGCCUCGGAGCACUAUCACCGCGAGGUGGCUGCGGCCGCGGCUGCAGCUGCGGCCGCGGCGGCCGCGACCAACAGCAAGCGGCCGAACAAGAGGCGCAACGGCGCACCGCCCGGCGUACCGGUGGCCCUGGUGCUGCUCGUGCUGGCCGGUUACAUCUGUCUGGGCGCGGCCGUGUUCGCCGCGUGGGAGGGCUGGACGUUCAUCGACGGCGCGUACUUCUGCUUCGUCACGCUGUCCACGAUCGGGUUCGGCGACCUGGUGCCGGGCAAGUCGUUCCAGGGCACCGACACGCAAAACGGUCAGCUGCAGCUGGUCGCGUGCUGCGGUUACCUGCUGUUCGGCCUGGUCCUGAUCGCCAUGUCGUUUUCGCUCGUCCAGGAGGAGGUGGUGUCCAAGUGCCGGCACGCCGCCCGCUACGUGGGCCUACUCAAACAGCCGCCUCGGCCCGGCACGCAGCCGUACGCCCUGUAAUACUACGCGACGUCCACCCACAUUACAUUAUGUACUUAUGUCUUAUCGACGUUUCUCGUUUCGCAUUUAAAAAAAAAAAAAACCAAUUACAACAUAAAACGUGUGCCCAAAACACCUGUGCACGCGCUUCGCGAAAAGCAUCCGACCGCCACAGCAUCAGCACGUCGCGUUACAUAUACACGCGCGACGAGUACAGAACGAUAUCCCCUAUAAAUUAUAUGCUUUUGAAUAAUGAUUGCCGGACGAAACCGGUGAACAGCCUUUUUCGUACCGACCCGCGUCGAAAGUCCGACUUGUGUCGUACUCUUAGACUUUCCGGGGCGUGCGGAAAAUGAUGAGCACCCUAUUGUUGUUCGACGUUAAGCGAUAAUAUAUUAAAACGGAAUUGUGCAUUUCCGCCCGCCAAACGGAAUCACUCGAUCGAUCGCUACCGCCGUAUAAUAUAUACAAUAUGCACAGCACAUAAUAAUAUAUUAUGUAAUACAUUAUAAUAUACGAUUGUUGUAAUGCUAUUUUUGUAAUUUAAAAACCCGUGACGUUAGCUCGACGUAUGAGUCUGUACCCUAAACCCUCCAUAAUAUAUAGUGUGUACGGUCGUAUAAAAAAAAACAAUCCCAACGACGACCGAUUUCCUCUUACCUUUUUACUCGUUAUCUCUCACUCAGACCUUCUCUCUCUCUCUCUCUCUCUCUCUUUCUUUCUGUAUGUGUACUCUAUCAAUCUUCCAAACACGCACAUGCGCGCCGUAACUCGCUGUCUGGCACACCUGUUGGCAUAGUGUUUAAUCUGGAUGCGCAUACGUUUUUGAAUCGUCUCCAUACCGUUGGUACAUUGUAUGAUUUACGCCGAACGUAACGUCGUCGCUGCAAUCCGACGAUUUGUUCAAAAGUUUUCACAAACGAAAAUCACUUAAACGUGUAACAUAAUUUAAAUGAUUACAAUAAAAAUAUAUUGUUGCGGAACGCUGUGUAGAUUACUAUGGGAAACGUCGUUGGUCCAACUGAAAUAGACUAUUAAUACUUUUCCGCAACCAAACGAGUACCCGACGACUAUAUUAUUACCGGCAUAUAGCCUGUUUACUAUUUGCGUUCUGUCCGUCAAUCCGUUCUAAACUAAACACGCCUACUUGACAUUUUCCUCCGACGUUUAUAAGUUUAAAAAAGUUGAUUUAUUAUAUUAUUGUGUUUUGUUGACGUUUUUCAAAACGAGUUUUAUUCUUUAUGUAUAAAUAUUAUUAAAUCGAAAUAGAUGCCUCUUACGUAUUUAUAUUCCUGUAUCAGACAAAAUUUGAUAAAACCACGUACCUUUAUAACAAUGUCAU